AUGAAUAGAAAACCAUUGAGUGACUUGAAAAAUAUUACCAAACCCGGAAAAGUUUCUGUAUACUUAAAACCCAUCUCAGAAGUUUCUCUGGAUUCUCCGAUACUUCCGUCUACUUGUAAAAUGGUGCGUCGAAAUCAAUCUCAAUCACCAAUUAGUCUGGCUACUUUAUCACUAGACGAUAAAGCAGCAGCAGCAGCAGCGGCACCAGUAACUGAUACUCCAGUCAAAAAGAAGAAUCAGCGUCCUUGUAGACGAUUCUCCUGUAGAGAACUCUUUCCAGAUCUGAAGCCUAGAAGAUAUUCAAAUGUGGGAUGCAACCAGAAUAAAUUUGAUGAUUAUGAAAAAGACGCCUGGCGACAUGUUAGUUAUCAAUUUGUUCAAUCUGAAAGUUUACAAGUAAACGAAACAUCGGUUGCACAUUUCAGUCAACACUGGGCAGUUUAUCUUUAUCGAAUCUUGAUCGAUGAGAAUGGUGAUAAGUAUUCCUUUUUUUGA